UUGGAUACCAUUAAGUCCCUAUAUUUUUUAUUUAAAAUUUUAUUUUAUAAAUCAAACCGAGCGGCACAACUUCGAAACCGCUCUGUUUGAAUGACCGGUGCGUACUGGUGCUUCCCGUGUUAAAGUGCUGUGUUAGGUUUGGCAAUUUUUUCAUUAUACAGGACUUUGUUUAAUCUAACAAUGAACAGAAAAAGCCAGGGGCUAAGUCUGCGGAAAUCGAUUCGCCCUAGAGAAAGUCAGGUACCUUCUGCCGUGGUACCCAGUUCUGCUAGACGUGGCUUUGCGAAUCGAAGUAUACUGGACACAACCCGUAACUCAGUGGGAAGCGGGCGAAUAUCCCUUUAUGGGCAAGUAAACCAGAAAGAUCCCCGCGUUUUCAACGACGAUUUCAUUAAGCGAACUUUUGGCCGUAUCAGGGACUUUCUUAUACAGCAACGUUUAAGCGCCGAGAUUGUCCCGACAACGAGCAAGUUAACAUUAAAGCAAUUUGAGAACAUCUUUAAAAUACUGUUUGGCUUUAUUGAGCCUGCCUACAUCCCGCCAUCUGGUAACCAGUGGAUAGAACAGGAAGUGCCCAUCCUCAUGGACGGGCUUGGAUACCCACAUAAAGUAACGAAGUCUAUGAUGCAGACGGUCAGUUCAAAACCGGGCCCAGUUGUUGGAAUCCUCGACUACACGCUUGAUGUCGUCACUGCGGUGGAGUGCGAUCCAGUCGAAGCUAUUCGACUCAUGCAGAAAGAGGAUGCUGUUCUGCAGGUGGAAACCGAGGAGCUCGCUAGGAUAUCAUUUAUGGAAGGUCUCAGCGUGAAUGACAGCAAACUUAAGGCACAAGUGCUUGACCUAACCACUCGUCACAAAGGCAUUCUUGAUGAAGAGGACAUCCGUGUGGAACGUGAGCGUAUUCACAAUGCGAAACAGGAGGCUGAAACGCAGCUUCAGUACCUCGAAGAACAGCUGGCUGAGCAGAAAGGCCUUGAUAAGCAGAUCGAAGACUUAGAGGAGUACCUUGAGCAGAUGGAGUCUCGCCAUGCGCAUAAAGAGACGGAACUUGAAGCCAUGAAAGCAGAGAAGGCGAAACUAGCUCAACAGAUAAGUGACACAGAGGAGCUGAUCAAACAGACGAAGCUUGUUGUCGAUACGCAACCCAUCUCAGCGGAAGAAAUUCGCUCAAUGCGUAGCCAGACCACAGAGUUGGAGGCAACACGCAGCUCACUGGCGAGCAAGAUGCGUGCGGUCGAAUCGGAGUACGAGGCCGUAUCCGGCUCGAUCCGAAUCGCUGAGUCGGAGCUAGAAAUGGAAUGCGGCAAAAUUGCACAGUUGCGUCCUGGCGGCUCGAGAGUUGGUCCACAAAGCUGGUCUAGAGAUGAAAUGAUCACUUGCGUGAAGAAAGCUGAUCAAAGCGCUCGUCUGAUGAACAUGAUAAACGAAGAGGCAAAUCUGAUCAAUGCAAAGAUUGCCGAGUGUCGCCGUAUCGCAGAGGACAAUCAAACAUUUGAACUAAAUCGGCGUAAGAAGCAGCAAGAAGUUGAUUAUCAAAAGCAGGACAAAGAGGCCCUCGAUGAAAAGAUGAAAUACUUCAGUGCCCGUUUAGAUGAGAAGCUUAAAGAGUUACUGAGCCAACGUCAGGCGGUCAGCAAUCAUGAAACCCAGAUCGUCCUUCUCGACAAAGAGGUGGAGGACCUGAAAGCAGAACGAAAGCGCCAAAGCAGUCUGCUAAGCGUAGCCGAGGCGAAACUUCAUCAACAGAACAAAGAAGACGCAGCCGCUUUGAAGGUUCUUGAGAUAGAGAAACAGAAAGUUGAACGGACAAUUGCAGCCGAUCGCGUGCGCAUGGAGCAACUGGCCACGUACUAUCGUGAAUCAUUUGCUGCGCUAAAUGUGGACAGCGUUAUAAAGGCUGUUUUACAAAAACUUGAAGUCGAUCCCCUGCGUAGCUUCGUUAGUCGUUUUAUGGAUAUUGAAAGGAGCGAACAACUUGGCUCAUCAUGUGACCCGCAGGUAAAAUCAUCACUGCAGUAGUACUGAACCUGAGUGUGGGAGAGGUCACACUGGAUAAAAUCAACGGAAACUUUCAGGUGUAAGGGAGGGAAAUCAAUAAUGUGUUAUUUGGUAUACAUGUGUUUACUAUUUCUAAAUUAUAUGUACACGUGAUAAAUUGCCUGUAAAUAGUCCAACCAGAGCUCGAAUCUACAAUAUAGACAAGCAUUAGAAGCGAUGGUGUUUAAAUUACGAUGAUUCGGAAGUCCUUCAUGUCCUUUCCUAUUAAUAAUUGUAUUUAAAAAACACAUACUUAGCGUUACAGUACGGGUGUUGUAUUCUCAUGUAAUUUUCUCCAUGCGGUUAACUAACGUACCCAUUGCCAUUCUACAAAUUUUUUGGGCCUAGGCACGGAGCUUUUUGACCAUGAUAAAGUAAUAGAAAGCAUGUCUAUCUCAGAGCAAGCAGAACCAAAUGUUAAUGUGGCCUUUCUGCAGUUUUUAUUUUUGCGCAGACAUACACAAUGGGUUAUACCUUUUCGUGCCUUUUUGCUUACUUUGCCUCGCAGCAAUGCAAUGAGAAUAUAGACCUAUACUUGAUGAUUGAUAAAAAAAAAACUGUCGUAAUAAAAAGUAAUCUUUUUUUUCAGUUGACGUUAAUCAUUCUUUUUUUAGGGCAGAUUCCUCUUUAUGCUAGUAUUCCUUAUCCUACAACUGUCUAGUUGAUAAACAGCAAUCUCUCUCCUGUUCGCCAUUUACUUAGCAGCAAAUGCUCCCGCUAUGAAGGAGAAAAAUAGUUUCGGUACGAGUAUAGACAAAAUUUCGUUCAUCCGAAGUGGCUGAAUUUUUGAAGCACAAUUCGUAUCAACAUUUAUCACCAACAGCGUACAAUGCAUGCUGUAGAUUCGCAGUCAUCGUUCUAAGCGUUAAUGAUUUUUGUUUAUUUCAACAGAGCUUUCUUUUGCCUAUAUUUUUUACCCGGUUUCCGUCUCUGGCAUACACUGAAACUCGCGGUUGCCCGUCGGCGGAUCUAGUGCCGUGAUGCAUUAGAGACGACUCCUUUUAUUAAGGCACACCGAAUCUAUCGAUGUUACGGGAACCCGGUAGCUUAGUUAUGACUAAAUAUAUAUGCCGUGGAUUCAGCUGCCUUCGGUAUGGUACACGGACAAUUUUAUUAUAUCAGUUUCAUUGUUAGGGGCAGCAGUUCGACAAUAAUGGAACCCAAUGGAAAAUGGAGUUUAUAUUCCCACGUUGACUAGGUAAGCCGCCAAUGCAGGCGAGAUGUGGCACAUUGUGGAUCCGGCACGGUCGCUUAAAAUCGACGAAGGUUGAAUUUCUUUAGUAUGUAAUUUUCCUGCCACCGACUGACGGUGUUAGAUAUAUCUGUUUUUUCUUUAAAAUUUUCAAUAAUUUCUUUUCUCACUUAACUUGUUCAGCUUUUCGAAAAUCCUUGUUAUCUUUUCUCUGGUUCCUUGUUUGCUAACUCACUCAGCCCUGAUCUAACAGCUUCAUUGCGACUUACCCAAUGGAAAUUCAUUCACCUCGCUUCAACGCUGCCUACUUUUAGCGUUGUACAAAUAAAUAAGAAAUCUCAAUAUAAAGUGCUAAAUGGAUGUUUACCACGAGUAGUGUAAGCUGGUUCUUAUAACAUACUGGGUCAGGCAGCCUGCAGUUAAUCAAAAGCCGAUUUUGUUAAUAGUCACGAAGGAAUGAACUUUCAGCGUCGAUCGAUUCACUGUUACCCCAGCGACACAUCAACGACUAAGAAAUGUUUUACCAAAAACAGAGCCUGACACUGUAGCUCUGUUGCCGUUCUUCCCCCACCCGCUAAUCGUAUUUAUGAGCAGAAAAAAAAGAAUAGGUAUGACUAAAUAACUCUAUCCGUAUGUUAUACAUAAAAGUACUAUUAUAAAUUCGUAAACAUAAACGUAUUUAUUGAAUGCAGAAAGUUCAUCUUGGCAUGCACAAUUGUAAUCGUCGUUACGUUCCUAUUAAAGUCAUUACCAUCAUCACCAUCAUUCAUAAUCAGUCACCAGUUUCAUCAACAUCAACCAUCAUUGAUGACUGACUGUCACGCUCUCUUGAUAUAAUAAUUUUGAUCAAUUCUCAUUCUGGCACUAUGAAUAUAAUUUCGGAUUGCCCCCGUCUCGACGGGAUCGAUUGGACACGCCAGCGAGGACCACAUGUGAAACGAGCAGUUGUUUUACGAGCUGUCAUAGAGGCUGCUCGGUCGUGUUUUUUUUUGCUAAAGAACUUUCCUCUCGAGAAACGAUUGUGCCAAUGAGAAAUAACAGCAGCACAGGCAGCAGACCCAGCUUGCUGUAGUAGUAGUGAUGGUACCGCAAGGGUUUCUCGUUCUUAUUCGUUGUUGUUGCUGCUGCGUCUUUCUCUUCGUUCUGUUCUUGUCGUCGCUGUCGCUGCUGUAGUUGGUCGUAAUAUUGUUGCGUCUGUCGUUGUUGUUGUUCGAAAUAAACAAAAGAAACGAAGCAGAUAGUCGCUU